GGCAAUGCUCUUAUCACAGAGCAUUUUACAUAAUGGAAUCCACGAUGCAUAUGGAAUAUCACUCAGACAGCAUCGAGCGCCAUGUCUCAACAGAUUCGGUAGUGCAUUCCUACAUCCCAUAUUAACGUCUAGACAUACCCAAAGUUUAAACAUACUGGAGAAGCAACCUACAGAAGAGAUAUCAGCAUGGAUGAGCUUGCAAUGUACAAGCGAACAGUUGCGUUUGGUUCACAGUCGCAGAUCUCGGACGCAUAGAGGCAGUAAUAAAAGCAGUUGUGCGGCAGCGAGGGAGAAUGACUUCACUCCCGUUCCAAGUGAUAAGGAUAUCUUAAAUAGUGAUACUGCAGUAGGUACAGAACUCGAUAUGCUAACAGAUGAGCCAACAACAUUUGUCGAUGCAACCGAUACUAACAAUGAGUGGUAUGAAACCCAACUUGUGGAUAGAUGUAAAUUAAUAGCUAUCGGAGGACGAGGUGGUAAUGGAUGUGUUUCAUUCAGAAGAGAGAAACACGUGCCGCUAGGAGGAGCAGAUGGAGGUAAUGGAGGGCCGGGAGGCUCGGUAUACCUGAUAUGCGAUGAUGAAAUUAGCAAUCUCAACCAUGUCAAAAAAUUGUAUAUCUACAAAGCAGAAAGUGGCAAUCACGGACUAGGAGGUAGAAGAAAUGGAGCUAAAGGAAAGCAUUGCUAUAUACCAGUGCCACCAGGAACGUAUGUGUACAACAAAGAAGGGAAAUUGUACGCAAUACUUCAGCGCAAAGGAGAUACGUUAAUGUUGGUACGUGGAGGUCGUGGUGGAAAAGGAAACAGAUAUUAUAAAACAAAGUUCAACCCAACGCCACAUGUAUGCGAACUUGGUGAGGAAGGCUUCAAAAGAGAGCUGUUAUUGAAUUAUAAAAUGCUUGGAAAUCUAGCACUUAUAGGAAAACCAAAUUCAGGUAAAAGCUCGCUACUAAGGUGCUUAAGCAAUGCAAGACCUAGAGUAUCGAACCAAGCCUUCUCAACUAAAUUCCCAAUUCUAGGAGUAUUCAAAAUAAACGAUCAAGCAGACGUCGAUCCCGAUAAUGAUACCACACAAGACAGCCACAGGACCACCGGAGAAAUAAACACGGAAAUAAAUGAUAUAUGCAGAAAUGCUAACAACGCCUAUACGUCAACAUAUAGCACUGCAUUGACGGGUGGAAAUUAUAUAAAAAGUGAACAAGACGAAUCUGACAAUGAAUGUCCGCUAAUCAAAUCGCAUACUCCAAAUGCAUUUAGUCAUACGUCGCUGAUUAGUGAGGUAACCGAUGGUUAUAAAGAUACGGAUGAUGAUGUGUUUGAUGACAAUGUUAACCCCGAACACAAUGGAGAUAGCCAAUAUACUCCACCUAUACCGUUGAAAUCACUGGAGGAUCAAGCCGCGUACAACAAGGACAGUAGUAAAAGCUAUAGUCAUCUAUAUGGGUUCCGUUGUAGGAAUAAAUACGCCAUCCAGAAUGACAGCCCACCAGUGUCCAGUGAAAAUGGGUCUUACAUUUUAGACGGAGAAACAAAAGGCGGAACGUUAAAUAAAGAUAAAAGCUUAUCAACAGAUCUGUGCGUAGACGAAUUGUCAUCAAUAACCGAUGAACUAUCAAGUGGCUUAGAUACUAUGUCUGACUGUACCACAGAAAGUGGUGAUACACAGGAUAAUUCAUAUAGUGAAGAUGAUUCCGAUGCAUACCUAGAAGAAGAUUCGUUUCAUACAGCUGCUGCUAUGGAGGAACUAUGCGAUAUAACUCCUGAUGUACCUACCUCCCAGGUAAAAAAACAAUUGGUUAUAGCAGAUGUACCCGGGCUCAUACAAGGUGCAAGUUCAGGAAAAGGUUUGGGUCAUAAAUUCCUAAAACAUAUUGAAAAUUCUAACGUCCUUACAUAUGUAAUCGACUCAAGUGUCACUGACCCACUGCAGGACUAUAUCGAUGUGAAGAAUGAAAUCUUUACAUAUAACCCUGAUCUGUUGAGUCGGUUGGAACUAAUCAUACUCAACAAAAUAGACUUAAUUGAUCAUGCCAAGGUGGAACAACUUGUAAAAGAAUUUACAGAAGAAGUUAACCACACGAGGAUAUAUCCAGUAUCUGCUAAAACGAGAGCAAACAUGUACAUGUUGGAGAAUUCGUUUAAAUGGAUAUAUAGGCUUCCCAUGACAAAGAAGGAGAUAGAUAGAAAACCUAUAAGCCUGGCAAUAGAUGAUCCCGAUGAUUUCAGGAAACUGAAUCCACGAAAGUUCAAGGUAGAAAAAAUAGCAGAGGGGAAGUUUCGAAUUAUAUCCGAUUACUUACAACGUAAAAUACCUAUGAUGAGAUUUGAUAUACGUGAAUCAUUAGACAGGCUAAGGCGUAUACUGAGAAUUAACCGUAUCCACCUGAAGCUUAAGAAAAUGGGAGUGGAACAAGGCGAUACCUUGCAAAUAGGUGAUAUGUCUUUCUGUGUAAAUGAACUAGCGUGCUGACAUUAGUUUUAAACAGAUAUUGCGUAAACGAAUGA